UCCACCACAUUCAUCUCUUUCACCUACAAACACACACUCUCUCUCUAAAAAACACAGACUCACACACUCUCUCUGUCUCUCUUCAACUUCACGCACUACAACACUUUCUUGAAUCAUACCCACGAAGAAUUCUUAUCUUUCUGCAAUUUCAUUCACUAAUUCAGAGAAACGCAUACUUUCUUUCCUUCUUUUUCGGUAUAACUUUACUGGAUUUUGGAGAUGGGGAGCAGAAUCCCAUCGCACCAGCUCAGCAAUGGAUUAUACGUAUCGGGUCGACCCGAACAGCAAAAGGAACGCCAACCCAUAAUCGGGUCACGAGCCAUACCUUAUACCGGCGGCGAUGUCAAGAAGUCAGGUGAACUGGGAAAAAUGUUCGAUAUAUCGGUUUCAGACCACCCACCUCCUGUUCUCAAGGCUCAUCGUGCAUCAUCUUCUUCGCAACAAAGCAGCGGAUCCCUUAGAUCCGGACCGAAUUCCGGGUCCGGGCCUAUCCCUAAACGAUUAUCCGGGUCGGGACCGAUGGUGGGGCUUCAUCCAACUGGUUUACUACUGACCUCCGGCCCACUUGGAUCGAGCGUUGGCCGGAGAUCCGGUCAGUUGGAGCCACCGACAGUGAGUUCGAAAGGGAAAACUAUUUACGGUUCCGCCGUUACGACGUUAGGUUAUGAUGACGUGAAGUUAGGGUUUAAAGUAUCCAAAAAGUUAAUGUGGAUGUUGUUGGUGAUCGCGGUGAUUGGUUUGAUGGUUGGGACUUUUUUAAUGGUGGCGGUGAAGAAGCCGCUGAUUCUUGUGGCGGUUGCGGGUGUUCUGGUACUCGCCGUCGUCGUCAUUUUAUGGAACUGUGCUUGUAAGAAGAGAAGAUUAAAAUCUUAUUUACGGAAAUACCCUGAUGCGGAGCUUCGAGGCGCCAUUGAUGGCCAAUUCGUCAAAGUUACUGGGGUAGUGACAUGCGGAAGCAUCCCUCUUGAAUCAUCAUUCCAGAAGGUUCCAAGGUGUGUUUAUGUUUCUACGGAGUUGUACGAAUACAAAGGGUGGGGUGGUAAAUCGGCAAAUCCUAAGCACCGAUGCUUCUCUUGGGGAUGUAGAAAUUCCGAGAAAUACGUGGCUGAUUUUUAUAUAUCGGACUUCCAAUCGGGGUUAAGGGCGGUGGUGAAAGCAGGUUAUGGGGCAAAAGUAGCUCCUUUUGUUAAGGAAGCAACGGUGGUGGAUAUAACCAAGGAAAACCGUGAGUCGUCUCCGAGUUUUGUAAGUUGGCUUGCGGAUCGAAGUUUGUCAUGUGAUGACCGUGUUAUGCGCCUUAAAGAAGGAUACAUCAAAGAAGGGAGUACAGUUAGUGUGAUGGGGGUGGUAAGGCGACACGAAAACAUGCUUAUGAUUGUUCCACCAAGUGAGCCGAUCUCAACAGGCUGCAGAUGGGGUUGUGGGCUUUUUCCAACUUAUGUUGAAGGUCUUGUGUUGACUUGUGACGAAAGUCAAACUGCUGAUGUCAUACCCGUGUAAAGCUAUUCGAAGGUCUUCAUGAUGUUUCUGCUUUAAGAAUUUGCCAUCCGGGUAUAUAAUGUAAAAUGAAAAAAAAAGUUGUAGAAGAGGCAACAAUGAGACGAUAAUUUGAAGAGUAUUUAGUUUUUAUGUAAAAAAUGGAAGCAAGAUUGGGAAUGAGAGCUCCAAGAUGAAGAACAGAAGUGUAUUCAUUGGAGCAGAUAAAAGAAUUCCCAUAAGAUAUUAUGGAAUUUGAGUUAAAAAUUAUGUAUAGGUGUUGGUAAUGGGUUCAAAAAGUGAAUUCUGAAAAUAUUAUUUAUUUUUUUGUGUAUUUAUUUUGUUAGGUGUAUGUGUUCUCUGAUGAUCAUAAUGCAAAAGCCUCUAAAUAGUUGGGUAAUUUAUCAUGG